AUGACCCGCACUCAUCCCUUUCAAACAGUCGACGCCUUCACCUCCUCCCCCUUCUCCGGCAACCCAGCAGCGGUCCUCAUCUUCACCUCCUCGACCGAAGACCAGACGCUGGCAAAGGACGAUGACUUGAUGCAGAAGAUUGCGGCCGAGUUCAAUCUCGCUGAGACGGCUUUCUGUCGCGCGCUUGGACGGGAAGGAGGCGAGGAGGAGGAGGAGAGUCGUGAGUACGAGAUUCGGUGGAGGACGCCGACGGUUGAGGUCCCGCUCUGCGGCCACGCGACCCUCGCCUCCGCCCACGUCCUCUUCAUCACCUACCAUCCCACCGCUACCUCCCUAACCUUCCGCACCCUGCACUCCGGCACCCUCCGUGCCGUCCGUAACAAAUCCGACAACUCCAUCUCGCUUGAUUUCCCUGCGGCGUCGCUGUUGACGCUUGAGGAAGGACAUAGGAGGAGACCGAAGAUUGUGGAGGCUGUCAAAGCUGCGACGGGGUUGGGAGAGGAGAUCGUUGGGAAGGUGGCGUGGUGGGACGCUUGGAAUGGAGCGGUGGUCGAGCUGGAUGCGGGCGUCGACUUGGCGAACUUGAAGGUCGACAUCGCGGCGACGGCCACGGUCGGCGAUAUCCUCCUCCUGACGCAACCCGCACCCGCCUCGUCCGGCUUCGACAUCUACUCUCGCGUCUUCGCACGUCCAGUCGGUAUUGACGAAGAUCCCGUAACCGGCGCAGCACACACCGCCCUCGCCGUCUUCUACCUCCUCGACCCGAACAUCGCUUCUCGUCUCCCUCACUCGUCGCAGGCGCUCGCGAGCUCGACGUUGCGAGCGAAGCAGGUCAGCAAACGCGGAGGCGAGCUUGUUGCUGUGCUGGACAGGGAGGGGAAGAGGGUGGAGUUGAGGGGCCAGGCGAGGAGGGUCAUGAAGGGUGAGAUUGAGCUGUGA